GGAAGUGGCGUCACGGGGAGCGGAGGGGAGCGCGCCCAGCCCCCAUGGAGGAUCCCGCGCCGGAGACGCAGCAGCUGCGCAGCCUGCGGGACUUCCUGCUGGUCUACAACCGGAUGACGGAGCUCUGCUUCCAGCGCUGCGUGGCCGACCUCAACUACCGCGCCCUGACCCGCCACGAGGAGGCCUGCCUGGACGGCUGCGCCGGGAAGCUGGUGCGCUCCAACCACCGCCUGAUGGCCGCCUACGUGCAGCUGAUGCCCUCCCUGGUCCAGCGCAGGAUCGCCGACUAUGAGGCCGCCGGACGCGACCCCGCCGCCCUCCCGGGGCCCGACGCCUCUUGACCCGCCUGUGCCCGCGCCGCCUCCGCGAUGCCCGUUUUGGGAGGAGCGCUCGGAGGCCCCGAAGAGCGCCGGGAAGCCCCGCGGGCGCAGGUAUCCUUCGAGCGGAGGAGAAGCGGCAGCGGCUGCAGGAGGACGGCUGAAGGGGGACCGCUUGGGAGCUGAGACGGGCCCCUUAGGAAAAACGGGCUUUUCCCAAGGCCCGGCUGAGUCGCCAGCUGAAGGAGGCGCUGCCCACCAGACGCCCGAAGGGCUCAAGGGGAGCUUUCCGUGGCUGAGAAGCAUCCUGGGCCAGGCGAAGGCCCUUGGGGCCCUUGAAACCCAGCCUUCAAAGCUCUUUGCUAACCCCCACCUCUGUUUACCAGAGGCUGCUUCUCCCUUUCCCAAGCCGAGGUGGAGGCAAGAGCCUAAAACGCCCCUACCUGAAGGAUCCUGGUCAAGGACCAUGCCCGGCCCUGGACUGGGUGCUUGGAGGAGGACUCUGACAAUCUAGAAUUGGCACCGGUGGAAUCUGUUGUCCUAAAGGGUGCCUCAGGUGGCCUUGCCUCUCCAAAAUGGCUCAGGAAGUCCCCAUGCCUGAUACCUGAGAUCCAUUGCGCCGCUGAGCAUUAAGCUUAAUUGGUUAUGCUUAAGUGAGCAUUAAGCAGGCCUGGCCUGGCCUGAGCCACAGCACUGGGUUUUCCUGAGGCACACUUGCUUCCAAUGUGACAGGGAGGGCCUGCGGGCUGGUGGUCUUUCAGGGGGCCUGUGAGAUCAUUGCUUUGAGGCUGGCAGCAGCAGCAGGACCAAGACCCUUCUCCCUCGCAUGGCAUGUGGGAUGCGAGGCAGGAGUGUAUUAAGGUCCUGGAAGGCCCCAUCACACAGCAUUCCUGCUAGAAGAGCUGCAGGGUGGUCCUGGGGAUCCAGAGAGGUGAGGGGCUCUGUUCAAGCAGAGGCUUUCAUAGCAGGUAGCCUGAACGUAUCUAGGGAAGGCGACCCUUUAAUGUAACUGUAUUCAACCUCUGGGAACCCACUGGAUGAUGUGUUGAGCUGUUCAAAGGAAGGUAACUUCCUGGCUUCUGGUAACCAUGGGGCAACGGUGGAAAAGUGGCUUUCCACUGCUUUUUCCUAGUCUGGUCUAAUGGCGAGGCCUGAGUUAAAAGACACAAUUGGUUAGAUUGGAUUUUUUUAUUACAUGUUAAAUUCAGUAAUUGAAUUACCUCAUUUUCAGAAUGUACACUGUACUUGGAAUGCUACAGCAAUUACAGUCUUGUUUUUUUGGAUUGCAUUAAAUGAUGAAAGAGAAAUCGA